UCGUCCUUGGGCAAGGCCGAUCGUAGCUUGCGUUUAGCGCGAUCUACGACAUUUGCCGUAUAUUCACUUUUGUUGAGCUCAUCGAGACAUUUAUCUACCUGAAAAAGCAAUGUGUGAGGAGAUACAACCACGACCAGCAGAUCUGGAACUUUUUAAUGCUUGUUAUAGUGGAGAUUUUGAAAAAGUUGUAAAAUUAGUUGAAGAAGAAGAUGCGGAUAUAUGCUAUCAGGAUUUCAAAACUGGUGUGAGUCCUCUGAUGAUUGCAGCUGGAAUCGGACACACAGAUAUUGUUAAUUAUUUACUCUCGGAAGGUGCACCAUGGAAUGCAGUGGAUAGAAAAUAUCUAUGUGCAGGAGAUUAUGCUGCGAAAAAUGGUCAUCAACUCUGUAUUGAUGCCAUACUGAAUCAUGCGGUUAUGUCUGAAUUCUUGUUGUCGUUAGCUGUUGAUAAAAGUGAAUCACUAUCUUUAGAAAAUAUUGAUUCUAUGAAUUACUCAAGAGUUGUCGAAAAUAGGACUGAGAAGACUGAACAGCUGAAUGCUGCCUAUCUUGCUAGCCGACUGGAGUAUACUGAGGAUGGUAAAUGCCUGGUGGAUACGAAUACACAAUUGGCUGUUAUGAUGGAUUGGGAAACGCCUAUAAUGAAGAAACAUGCAGCAUGGAUUUGUCAUGCAGAUGUCGUCGAUAAUAAACCUCCGCUUAAUAUUUUAAAUGUUGGUUUUGGUAUGGGUAUUGUUGAUACAGCUAUACAGAAAUAUUCUCCGCAUUCUCAUGUUAUCAUAGAGGCACAUCCUGAAGCGGUCUCCUUCAUGUCACCUUCGAACCCCCAACUCACCGUUAACUAUUCAGGCUCCACUUGGGCGAUGAUCUGGCGCGCGAUUUCACUCAGCGGUCUCCUCAGCGUACGUUCAGUCCAUCUCCACUUUGUUCUGCAGUUGAUGUUUCGGUGAUAGGUUCUUGGUUGAUUUGUCGCCAGAGUUCUCUGUUGCUGAUCGUUUCUGAAAAUCUUAUCUUUAGUAAUGGAUCCGGCGAAAUAAGCUGUUGAUAAAAGUCUGAAACUUGUUCCAAGUGCUUUUGGUGACAUACCAAUUAUCUGAACCAUAUAGAAGCACUGAAUGACAUGACAUUAGUGUCGAAAAUCCAAAUCUUCUUCUUGAUGCUUAGUGCAAUUGAUUUCUAGACUGAUAUCAGAUUAAUCAAGGUCUUUCUGUCUUCCAAUUCUGACUGGCUUUGAAAUCCUCAUCCCUAUCUCCUGUAGUCGCAACGAUGUUGUAUAGGUAUUACAAAAGAUGCAGUCAGAAGGUUGGUAUCAACGACCUGGUGUUCGAAUUAUUGCAUCCAGAUGGCAAGACGCAGUUGUCACACUAGCCAAUGAAAUUGAAGAAGGGAAGAUGCCAAGAUUUAGUGGAAUAUUUUUCGAUACCUACGCUGAAGAUGAUAAAGAUUUAAAAGAAUUUAAUUCAUGGUUACCCAAAUUACUUUCACUUCCUCCAGGUGAAGAACAGUCAGUUGGGAAUGAGAGUGAAGUUCAACUGCUUCCUGGACGCUAUUCAUAUUAUAAUGGUCUAUGUCCGGAUAAUGUAUUUUUUCACGGAGUGGCAUGUGAAACUAUUCGACUCCACUUGAAAAGAUUAGGAUUAUGCUGUGUAUAUGAGGCUGUACCAGUUGAUGUUACUGGCCAAGAUUUAUGGAAGAAUGUCGCCGAAAGAUACUGGUAUUUUGAUACAUAUUUUCUACCAAAGUGUACAUUCGAUUGCAAAGAUUAAAAUUAUUUUUGAUGGAUAUAUACUUCUGAAUUGUUAAACGGUUGUAAUCGAUAGACAGGAAGCUCUAUCGGACUUAGGCUUCUUUCCUGUUGGCUGGCACUGAGCAGUUAGCAAGGCAUAUCUGCACUCAUAUUGCAUACUUUGAGAUUCUAACCCGGUUGGUUUCACCUCGUGUUGCAGUCAGAAAUGUUACGACUGACUUACUAUGGCUUACAUUCGACGUCUCCUGUACUACUGCUAUUGAUAUUUUGAUUGGACCUUAGGUAGUAAUUCAUUUCAUGCAUUUAGUCCUUGGUGUGUGUUAAUGCAGAUAUGAUGAGUGACUAUCAGUCGAGUUUGCACUGUGGUCAUAAUCAUGCUAGGUAGUCCGCCAUCAUAGUACAAUCUGAAUUGAUAUUUUCAGUUGGUUGAAAGUAAGAGCAUCAAGCUGCGGCAAAAUAAAGCUGCUUGAUAAGGAAGGGAUUGAACUCCAGUUUAGCUAGCUGUCAAAAGAUUAAAACCUGAGGAUAUGAUACUUAGUGUAAUUGAAAGUAACCUGAGGAGAAAUAGGUAAAACAACUGCUUAGCAAGUCAUAGUAGAACGUGCGUUUCCACUGAAGUACCAAGAGAAAGCAAGAAAUAGCAAGUCCAAAAUGCUUGAAAAAUGACAUAAAACAUACUGAUUGCUAAAUUGGACAAGGGUAAUACAACAUUGAUUAUAGAACGACUAGUUUAUAUCAUCAAGGUGUUAAUGAACAUAUUAGAACAGAAGAUUAAAAAUCUUGUAGACACUCAUACGAAUAAGAUUAAACAAUCUACAGUUGGUCUUCUACGUUGAAUGUACUCACAUCUGAGUGAGUCAGAAUGGCUUAUGUUUAUACCUAAAACUACUAAUCCUAGUAAAAUGUAUAGCACUAUUAAAAUGCAUAAACCAGGAUAUCUUAUUAGGCUAAUACUUGACUUUAGAAACAUCCCUACAUAUGAAAUAUCUAAAUAUUUAGCAUGAGUAUUAUGCCCCAUAACCGAUCAGUAAGAUUGUAGACUGACUGAUUCCUAUGUAAUGAAACAGGUGUUAGCAAAAAUUCAAGUUGAAAAAAAAUAAUUAGAUCUCAUAUAACCAGUUUGUACACUAAUAUCCCAAUUAAUACAGUUCUGGAGGCAGUUACGAAUGAACUAAACACUGAUCCCAAACUCAAAAAUAGGACUAAGCUCUCGAUUGAUGAAAUCGCAUUAGGUUUUCAGUCAUUUCUAACUUCAUACAAAAUGGCUACCCACCAAGAUUUGUAGAGAAAAACAUCAAACAGAAAAACCAAAAGCAAGAGACACCAUCCGUGCCAAAAAAGAUACUUUAUAUGAACCUAGACUUCAAAGGAGACCUAUUUAGUGACAUCCUCAGAAGGAGAAUUUCCACCUCUUUAGGAAGAACUUUCCCUGCGGCAACACUAAGAAUAGUGUUCUCCAGUCGCCCGCUGAUCUGCAGAAACCCAAAGGACAAGAUUCCGCACAUGACCACUUCUAUGUGUAUAUAUCAGUUCACCUGUUGCUGU